AUGACUAUAAGGAACCAACGAUUAUCUCUUCUAAAACAACCUAUAUCCUCCACACUUAAUCAACAUUUGAUAGAUUAUCCAACCCCGAGCAAUCUUAGUUAUUGGUGGGGCUUCGGUUCGUUAGCUGGUAUUUGUUUAGUAAUUCAGAUAGUGACUGGCGUUUUUUUAGCUAUGCAUUACACACCUCAUGUGGAUCUAGCUUUCAACAGCGUAGAACACGUUAUGAGAGAUGUUGAAGGGGGCUGGUUGCUCCGUUAUAUGCAUGCUAAUGGGGCAAGUAUGUUUCUCAUUGUGGUUCACCUUCAUAUUUUUCGUGGUCUAUAUCAUGCGAGUUAUAGCAGUCCUAGGGAAUUUGUUCGGUGUCUCGGAGUUGUAAUCUUCCUAUUAAUGAUUGUGACAGCUUUUACAGGAUACGUACCACCUUGGGGUCAGAUGAGCUUUUGGGGAGCUACAGUAAUUACAAGCUUAGCUAGCGCCAUACCUGUAGUAGGAGAUACCAUAGUUACUUGGCUUUGGGGUGGUUUCUCCGUGGACAAUGCCACCUUAAAUCGUUUUUUUAGUCUUCAUCAUUUACUCCCCUUUAUUUUAGUAGGCGCCAGUCUUCUUCAUCUGGCCGCAUUGCAUCAAUAUGGAUCAAAUAAUCCAUUGGGUGUACAUUCAGAGAUGGAUCAAAUUUCUUUUUACCCUUAUUUUUAUGUAAAGGAUCUAGUAGGUUGGGUAGCUUUUGCUAUCUUUUUUUCCAUUUGGAUUUUUUAUGCUCCUAAUGUUUUGGGGCAUCCCGACAAUUAUAUACCUGCUAAUCCGAUGCCCACCCCGCCUCAUAUUGUGCCGGAAUGGUAUUUCCUACCGAUCCAUGCCAUUCUUCGUAGUAUACCUGACAAAUCGGGAGGUGUAGCCGCAAUAGCACCUGUUUUUAUAUGUCUGUUGGCUUUACCUUUUUUUAAAAGUAUGUACGUGCGUAGUUCAAGUUUUCGCCCUAUUCACCAAGGAAUAUUUUGGUUGCUUUUGGCGGAUCGCUUACUACUAGGUUGGAUCGGAUGUCAACCUGUGGAGGCACCAUUUGUUACUAUUGGACAAAUUCCUCCUUUGGUGUUCUUCUUGUUCUUUGCCAUAACGCCCAUUCCGGGACGAGUUGGAAGAGGAAUUCCAAAUUCUUACACGGAUGAGACUGAUCAGUGA